UCAGCCUAUUAAAAUGUCCGACGAGCACUAUAAUCCUCGAAAUCGGCUCAAAACGCAAAUAAAACGUCGAUCAAGCUGCCGAAACAUUCUCAACGCUGUGCCUCCACCGCCACCUACCGAUUUUGAAGGCUUGGAGGGAUUUACGGAUAGUUGUCCGGCUCCGACAGCGAAUAAUCCGUUUAAAGUCUCUUCCCCGCAAAAGAAGCGACAAAAACCCCAGGUGACCUUCUCACAAGACGAUCCGUUUGCAGCGAGUAUUUCGAGUUUCAGAAGCCCCGAUCCACUUAAAACGCCCACCAAAGGAGUGAGAAGCUCCCCGCGGAAAAGAAAAAGUCCACAGAAGUUUGAGAGAUUCCAGAGCUUUGAUCCAGCUCUUCUUCAAGAAUUCCAUCCGGUCGACUUCUCCGCGCUCCUUGCCACGUCGUCAUCGGCUCAAAAACCAGCAGAACCAGCCCAGGAGUCUGCCGAGGAUCUUCCAACUGAUCUUCGGAUCGGAAGCAAGAUGAGAAUCGUGUCAAAAGUCUCGUUUCCAUGGAUGAAUACGAGAAAAUCGACGGGAAAUGUGAUUGUCAAGUUUCAGACGAACGAUCGAUUCGAUGGAAUGCAAUAUUUUAAUAAAACGUUUCUUAAUGGCUAUGAGGACCCGACAGUGCCUCUCCCAGUGUCUCCAAUGUCAAUUCUUGAAGCUGCCUCGCUUUUCUACCAGUUUCCAGUAAUUCCAGGGCUCAAAAUGUAUCCAAGAAUCACCGCAGAGCAAGAAAACGUGUCCCGUGUCUCGCUGGCUCCACUGGUGACGAGCACAAUGUUGGAACAAUGGCAAGAGUGCUACGCGGAGCUCUACAGCUCGUAUAAAAAGGGACAACGUGGCAGUUUUUACGUGGCGACUGCUGUUUGCAACGUGCUUUUUACGAAAAUGCCGUUGUCGGGUGGUGGUGAUGAUGUGGCGGCAGAUGACACGUCACAAUCUUGCUCGCAGGCUUUUCGAGGGCAGAAGCUUGUCGCUGUGAUCACUCAUACGACGUCGGCGAUCCGAGAGCAUUUGAGAAGCCAGGGCGUCGACUUCGAGGCUCCAAAGCCCACAUCGUCUCUGAAGCGUGUCAGCAGUUCACCACAACUCCAUCAUGAUCAGUCAACACUGGAUUGCCUUUUGGCUUCAGAAUCCAAGGAGAACUCUCAAAUGGGACCAACAACAUUCGGUGGAAUCGAAAAUUCGGAAAAUUCCGAUGAAAGCCCGCUGAAAAAAGAUCAAGACAGUGAUGAGAACGAGAGUCCAAUGAAGCUGGCGAACCAAUGGUUGAAUGAGAUUGGGGUCUCACCGCGAACAGUGAAAAAUACUGUUUCGAGAGAACUCUCUUCCCAAGUGACUGAUCGUGCCGGUUUCCAGUGUCUUGUAGUCCAUGGCUCCAAGAUUCAUGCUCUAUUCAACGCGCUGAUGGAUUCGGACGUUGUACACGAGAAAACGGGUCCCUACACGAAAAUCCCGCCCACUCUAAUCGCCACGUCACCAUUUUUGUAUGGGCAGUUGCUCAGCUUGACGAAAUCAUCGAAUAUAUUCGCAAAAGCCGGAACCAAGUGCACGGAAUACGAGCUGAAGCUGGAAAAUGGUCCAGUGCUCCCGCAUUGUGCAAAAAUGAUGACCCAGUUCAUCCGCUCUACGAACAUGUGCUCGACGGAGGAGAAGCCGGUAACAAUGCAAGUCAUGGAUCGACAUACGAGUCAAGGAAUGUCUGAUUGGACGGAAACUGCCACCAACUGGAAUACUGUGACAAUUGCUGAGAAUUGUGUGAAAUGGACUAAGAAUUGAGAUUUUGAAGAAUUAAUUGAACAUCCUGUGAAAAAAAUUUUUCUAAGAUUUUGAUACAAGUUAUUUUUAUAUGAAUAUUAACAUUU